AUGGUGACCCCCUGCCCCGCCAGCCCCGCGGCCUGGUCCGAGAGGCGGCACCAUGAACCGAACCUUCGGGCCCCGGUGAAGAAGAGCCGGCGCCCGCGCCUCCGCAGGAAGGAGCCUCUGCGACCCCUGAGCCCGCGCCUGCUCCCGGGGGACUCGGGCGUCUGCGACGUGUUCGAGUCCCCGGGUUCGGGCUCGGACGGCGAGGACAGCCCUGGGGCAGGGGCUGCGGCGCGGAGCUGCAGCCCGCCGCCCAAUCCCGGCCAGCUGCUGGCGCCCCUCGACCUGCAGACCUUCCGCGACUACGGCCCGAGCUGCUACGCUUUCCGCAAGGCUCAGGAGAGCCGCUUCCACCCGCUGGAGUCGCUGGCGCGGCAGCCGCAAGUGACCGCGGAGUCCCGCUGUAAGCUCCUCAGCUGGCUCAUUCCCGUGCACCGCCAGUUCGGGCUGUCCUUCGAGUCGCUGUGCCUGACGGUGAACACCCUGGACCGCUUCCUCACCACCACGCCUGUGGCCGCCGACUGCUUCCAGCUGCUUGGGGUCACCGCGCUACUCAUCGCUUGCAAACAGGUAGAAGUUCACCCACCGCGAGUGAAACAGCUCCUGGCGCUGUGCUGCGGCGCCUUCUCCCGGCAGCAGCUCUGCAACCUCGAGUGUAUCGUGCUGCACAAGCUGCACUUCAGCCUGGGGGCGCCCACCAUCAGCUUCUUCUUGGAGCACUUCACUCAAGAGCGCGUGCAGGCGGGGCAAGUCGAGGCCUCCGAAGCUCUGGAAGCGCAGAUCUUGGCGCGGGGAGUAGCGGAGCUGAGCCUGGCCGACUACGCCUUCACCAGCUACGUCCCCUCCUUGCUGGCCAUCUGCUGCUUGGCGCUGGCGGACCGCAUGCUCCAGGUCCCGUGCCCGGUGGACCUGCGCCUGGGCGAGCACCCCGAGGGGGUGCUGGAGGACUGCCUGCACAAGCUGCAGCUGCUGGUGGCCAUAAACAGCGCCUCCCUGUCUCACAUUCUGCCCCUCCGGAUCUUCGAGAAGUGCAGCUUGUCCCCAAGCCUGAAAUAAAGUAGACCUUUGGGCUCCUUUGCUGGGAAUGAUGGACUCCUCCCAGUGCCUCAGAAGAGUUCAGUAUUUAUCUAAAGAAGGUGGUGCAGGUUUCCAGAUUGGUAUUCUGCAGGUUAUAAAGACUGCACUGUAGCAAAUCCAUUUUAUUUUGUUCCAGAACGU